AGCACAACAUGGUACCAACACACAAGCACCGGAAACAGAAAUGAGUCGACACGCUUACCGCAGUAUGUCAGCAACCAGUCAGCGUCCAGUGGACGUACAGUUAGUAUACAGUGUAAAGAGAACUGGAGAGCUAACACAGCUCUGAGGGGCACCAGUGCUGAUUGGCGUGGGCUCUGAGAGAGAAUGAUUCACUCUGAGCAGCUGAGUACGGUUUUUAAAAAAAAAAAGUAAAAUACCAGUUGAGACUCCAAGAGUGAACAUUCACGUGUUUCAGUUUCUGGAUGAGCAUUGAUGAUGAAGCAGAUCUGUCUGCUGUCACUCCUCUGCUGGUGGCCUCCUACAUCCUCUGCUACACUCCUUUUGUUGUGUCUGAGAUGAUCCUGCUGGGCAGGAGGGACCUGUCACCAGCACCUGAGUGGUUAAGGACACUGUCAUCAGUGAUGUCAUACUUGGACUGUGGUCUGAACCCUCUUAUCUAUUGCUCCCAUCAGCACUUCCGGGAGGCAGGCCUGGCCCUGCUGUGGACCAAUAAGAAACCCUCAUUAGAGCCCGUCCUCAAUGCUAUCAUUAAACAUGACUUGUAAACAUGUGAGGGGUUUCACAUUUAUUUCACAGAAAUUUCAAAAGGACAACCCCAGAAUGGCACAUCUUAUAAACAUGCAUUUAUCUGACAUCGACAUCACUAUAUAAUUACAGACAAAUUCCUUGUUUGUGUUAAUCUGCUUGACAAUAAAGCUGAUUUCCGAGAAAUGAA